AUGGUAACGACGCGGCCGAAGAUGGCGGCUGGGCGCGAGCGGGGCGGAGGAGCGGAUCCCUCGGGUUCAGGUUCGGGCCGUGCCCGUCCUGGCCGCAGUGGACUGCUGUGGGUCUGGGUCGUCUUGCUCCUGCUGGGCGGAUUCUCGCCCGGGUUCCCGCCCGGCGCCGCGUCCGCUUCCGUCUCCGUGGGCAGCUCGUCUCUCUGCCGCCACCACGUCCCCUCUGUCAGCGAGGUCAUAAAUAAGGUUCAUCUUAAAACAAAUCAUGUUGUAAAGAGAGGUGCUGAUGACCAUUUAAGAAUCAAGACUGUCUAUGAUAAAAGUAUUGAGGAGCUGCUUGAUGAGAAGAGGCAUCUCGUGAAGAACAAGCUUUUCCCACAAGCAAUUUCCUACUUAGAAAAGACGUUCCAGGUCCGCAGACCAGCUGGCACCAUCCUGCUCAGCAGACAAUGUGCCACAAACCAGUACCUGAGGAAGGAAAACGACCCUCACCGCUACUGCACCGGUGAGUGUGCGGCGCAGACCCAGUGCGGCCCGGUGACGGUGCCCGAGGAGCACCUGCAGCCGUGCAGGGUAUGUCGAGGCGGGAAGUGGCCCUGCAUGGCAGAGGUCGAGCAGCACCCAGAGGGCAUCCGAGAUGCGGACUUUGUCCUUUACGUGGGUGCUUUGGCCACGGAGAGAUGCAGCCACGAAAACAUCAUCUCUUACGCAGCCUACUGCCAGCAGGAAGCGGAGACGGACAGGCCAAUAGCAGGAUAUGCUAACCUGUGUCCAAAUAUGAUCUCUACCCAGCCUCAGGAGUUCAUCGGGAUGCUGUCCACAGUGAAACACGAGAUUAUCCACGCCCUGGGCUUCUCUGCUGGCCUGUUUGCCUUCUACCGUGAUAAAGAUGGAAAUCCUCUAACUUCAAGGUUUGCAAAUGGUCUCCCUCCUUUUAAUUACAGUCUUGGGUUAUAUCAGUGGAGUGAUAAAGUAGUUCGCAAAGUGGAGCGAUCAUGGAACGUCCGUGAUAAUAAGACAGUUCAUCACCCUGUGUAUCUCCUUGUGACCCCUCAUGUUGUGGAUGAAGCACGAAAACAUUUUAAAUGUUCACUUCUGGAAGGAAUGGAGCUUGAGAAUCAAGGUGGGCUAGGCACAGAGCUCAACCACUGGGAAAAACGGUUAUUAGAGAAUGAAGCAAUGACGGGUUCUCACACCCAGAACCGAGUCCUCUCUCGAAUCACCUUGGCGUUAAUGGAGGACACUGGCUGGUAUAGAGCGAACUACAGCAUGGCUGAGAAGCUAGACUGGGGCCUUGGGAUGGGCUGCGACUUCGUGAAGAAGAGCUGCAAGUUCUGGAUGGAUCAGCAGAGACAGAAGGGCCAGGCGCUGAGCCCUUACUGUGAUACACUCAGGAGCAGCCCGCUACAGCUGACCUGCAGGCAGGACCAGAGGGCCGUGGCUGUGUGCAAUCUGCAAAAGUUCCCUAAGCCUUUGCCGCCAGAGUACCAGUACUUUGACGAGCUCGGCGGGGUCCCAGCAGAGGACCUGGAGCGCUUUGGUGGCUCGGUGGAGAUCGCGGACUACUGCCCUUUCAGCCAGGAGUUCAGCUGGCAUCUGAGCGGCGAGUAUCAGCGCAGCUCGGAUUGCAGAAUCCUGGAGAAUCAGCCAGAAAUUUUGAAAAACUAUGGUGCUGAAAAGUAUGGACCUCAUUCCGUUUGUCUGAUUCAGAAAUCGGCAUUUGUCAUGGAAAAGUGCGAGAGAAAACUGAGUUACCCAGACUGGGGGAGUGGAUGCUACCAGAUCUCUUGUUCUCCUCAAGGUCUGAAGGUCUGGGUGCAGGACACAGCGUACCCAUGCAGCCGAGCCGGGCAGGUCCUCCCCGUCAGCAUUCAGAUGAAUGGCUGGAUCCAUGGCGGGAACCUGCUUUGCCCGUCCUGCUGGGACUUCUGCGAGCAGUGCCCUCCGGAAACAGACCCUCCGGCUGCCAACCUCACCCAGGCGCUGCCCCUCGAUCUCUGCUCCCGCUCCUCCAGCCUGGUGGUCACGCUCUGGCUGCUGCUGGGCAACCUGCUUCCUGUGCUGGCUGGAGUCCUUCUGUGCGUGUGGCACUAGGAAUGGUAGAGCCCCUCUGUGUCACACUCCUGUGGACAAAGCACAGACCCGGGCAGGUGCCAGCCUGUGCAGGUGACAGCCAGGACCAGACCCCAGAGCAAAGCUUCACGCCAUUCACUCCCUGGCCACCCUCAUCUCAGAGCUCAGAGGAGGAGAAGGAAACCAAGUCACCGAGU